AUGUCGCUCGUGCAGCAUGUUUCCGCCAUCGAGGGUGUUGACCACGAUCCAGAAGCUGAAAUUGAUGAAGAUUUCAGGCCGAUUGCGCGCAAAAUCAGCUACGAUGUGUUACAGACACCAAGUCACCCCGUUCCGGAUGAGGAACAGCCACCGGCAACUCCCGCCUACAAUGUUUCUGCGACCAAGAGAUUGAUGCAGGUCAUCUUCACCAUUCUGGCAUGUUGGGCCGCAUCAGGUAUCCUGUUUGGAUACGCAGCUCUGAAGCCCAUACUGGUAGAAGAGGGUCUCUAUCAUGACCAAUGUACUCACGAAGAACUGCAGGAAGGAGUCGAACUUUGUGUCCAGCAGGACUUGAGACUCAACCUCUGUUUCACCAUUGCAUCUAUCACAGCGAAUGUUUCGGCAUUGCCCGUUGGGACAAUCCUUGACCACUAUGGAUCACGCGUCUGUGGCCUAAUUGGCAGUGUACUCCUUGCCGUGGGCAGUCUCUUUAUGUCAUCUACAUUCCUCUGGCCAGAAUUCCAAGGAUUCGUCGCCGGCAACUUCUUUCUAGCAUUUGGCGGAACUUUCAUCUUUGUCCCGUCUUUUCAAAUUGCAAAUGCAUUCCCCAAAUAUGCAGGCUCCAUCGUCGCGCUUGUGACAGGAGCAUUCGACGCUUCUGCAGCUGUAUUCCUCCUCUAUCGGCUUGUCUACGAGGCCUCAGCUCGCAGAGUUACCCCCGAUAAAUUCUUCCUGGGCUACCUAGCCGUUCCGGUCUUGAUUAUCUUUGCGCUUCUCUCCUUCAUGCCAAAGCGUGAAUACUACUCAACACUUCGAUUGGAAGACCAGAUUGAAAAGGCUGAAGACCCUACUCGUGACGUGCAUGAUUCCGAUAGCGAUAUCGAUAGCGACAGGGAGUUACAGCGCGUACGAAGUAGGCGCGCGGAACAGCGACAGGAGAUACUCGAGAACAUCAACGAGGUGCUCGGCGACGAAGACGAGAGACAGCAACGGGCCGAGCGCGAGGAAGAUCGUCAUCAAAUCAGUCAGGUCUGGGGUGUACUGCAUGGACUGCCAGCUCACCGGCAAAUGAUGACCCCGUGGUUUAUUCUGAUCACUCUGAUGACUAUUAUCCAAAUGGUUCGUAUGAAUUAUUUCAUUGCAACUGUUCGAUCGCAGUACGAAUACAUGCUUGGCUCUGUUGAGGACGCCAUACGAAUCAACGACUUCUUCGACGUCGCACUACCCGUCGGUGGUAUUCUUUUCACCCCCGUUAUUGGGGGAUUGCUGGAUCAUCUGAGUGUACCGUCGACGCUCAGUCUUAUUGUCGCUUUCACCACCAUCAUUGGCAUUCUGAACUCUAUCCCGGCCAUGUGGGCAGGAUAUAUGACCAUCAUACUUUUCGUCCUGCUCCGACCCCUCUAUUAUUCAGCCAUGUCCGACUAUGCAACCAAGGUGUUUGGUUUUGCAACUUUUGGUCGGGUCUAUGGGACUAUCAUUUGCCUCUCUGGGUUGGUCAAUUUCUCUCAAUACUGGCUGGACUCACUUACCCAUGGACGGUUCAAUGGAAACCCAGUUCCUAUCAAUGUGGCCUUGGUAAUCGCUGGUUUCGUUGUCGGUGUUGUGCUCGUAGGAUUUGUCUUUGUGGCGGGUUGGCGGCUUAGGAACGAGGAUGGCAACGAGCAUGAGAGGGAGCCAUUGUUGUUGGAGGUCGACGAGGAGGAAUGA